ACGAGACCUGUAUAGGGGAGAGUGGGACUUAGGCAAGGGACCCCUUCCCCCAGGGCUUCAGGUAGGUGUCAUGCAGCUGGGGCUGUUUGCCACCCCAGCCCCCCUUUCCCUCCCCCUGGACACAGACAAAGGGAACAAAGGGAGAGAUACCUAGUGGCGGGAAAAAAGGGGGCGGGUUGGGGGAGGUAAAGGGGGCUGGUGCAGAGAAGGGACAGACGUUUAAGGACGAAACCAAGCCAGGAGCAGCAGACUAACUUUUGUUUUUUGUUUCAGGCAGAUCGCUAAGAGCUGUGCGGCAAGAAACUCACCAGGAAAUCUGCAGCUUGAAGAGAUCCGGUCAGCGCUGAGAUGGAGGCGAAUGCGGCCCAAGUGAUGGAAAUCGGAGCGACGAAGAGGAAAGCCCUGAUGCCCAGGAGGUUCCGGGAAGAGACUGAAGGCUCGGCAGAGGACAUCGCUAGGCCCAAGAAGAGGGUAAGUUGUUCCCUGCAGGUCAGGAGCCGGUCGGCGAGCGGUGGAUGCGGCAGAAGAGACGGCGUCGUCAGCGAAGAGGAGGAAGCAUCGCGAGAACGGGAACCGGAUCAAGAUGACGUCACUUCCGGAUCGACGAACAGCGCUGGACCGGCGGUGAAGAAAAGGAAGAAGUUUGGAGGCGCACAGAGGAUCGGGGAGCAGCACGGCAAGGAGUAUACAAGGAAGAGGCAAUGGUAUAACCAGAGGAUGCCUGGAUGGGCAAUGGGACAAGAGUUUCCAUAUUGGGAGAGUUAUCGGGUGCCGAGUCUCCAGUUUAGAAACAGGGAGGAAGAGGAGAGCUGGUUGCAGUGGAGGAGAGAAAGAACGCAAAGACAAGAGGAGGAGGCAGGCCCAUCAACAAGGAAGGAAAAAGAAGCCUAUCCAACAAAUACAAGGAUGCAGAAAGAGGAUACAAGCACACAGAGACCAGUCGUGGCAACCGCUGCAAGGGAGGCACCUAUGGGUGAGUUGAAUGUGCAACAUGACAUACCAAUUGAUUUGGAUUCUGAUUCAGAGGAUUCAGAUAGUGAGUCAGAAGGGGGUAAAAUGUUAGCCAUACUUAAGAAGUAUAAGUAGGUGGGGGUAUAGAAAAAAAUUCAAAAGAAACCACUCCGGUAAUGGUCCUAGCUGGGGCUGGGGAUACAUAUGCAUGCGCACUUACAGAGACUGCAGCACAUUUACCUAAGAAAGCGAGAAAGUCUAUAGAAGAGGGUAAAUUUGUGGAUAUUUACAGUUUAACUAGGGAAGCAGUUCAAGAAAAGGAAGAAGGGGUGAAACAGGAGGAAAAAGGGAGAAGGGGAAAAUCGAUAUUUGAUUGGUUGAAAGGGUUUUUGGUUUUCUCAAGCGUAUACCUAGUUAAAAAGCCGGAGCAGAGUUUGAAUAUCAUAAAAUACAUUGAUACAAUAAUUGACACAUAUCUGUUUUACAAGGGUACUUCAUGGUAUGAUAAUGACCAGGCUUUCAGGAAAAAGAUUGUAAAUAGUAAAAUGUUAUCUUUCGGGCAGAAGGACAUAGAUUUAUGGACAAGAUUGGUGUCUAAAGAGAGUAAUACAAGCUAUAAUGUGAACAAAGGGAGCUAUACGGUCAAACCAAGGAACGUGUGUUUCGCAUACAACGAGAGGAGAUGUAAUAGAGGGUAUGCAUGCAAAUUUAGGCAUGCAUGCUCUGCAUGUGGAUCUUCUCAUGUUGUAAGUGAAUGUAACAGGAAAAGGGAGACCCAAGCAAACAGGCAGCCCUUUCGAGGCGCUCAGCAAAAGAGCGGCAACGCCAGUGCAGAUGGGCAAACUAAGUGAGUCAUUACUUGGUUACCCAGAUAAAGAGGCAGCAGUAUUCUUAGCAAAGGGUUUUUUGGACGGUUUUAAGAUUCCUGUAGCGCAAACACCCCCCCCUAGUAAAAUCUAUAAAAAUUUAAAAUCAGCUGGCCAGCAUGAGGAUGUUUUAAAACAAAAAAUUGAAAAAGAAGUAAAAGCAGGUAGGAUGGCAGGGCCAUUUGAAGUCAUCCCCAUAGAGGGCCUGGUGGUAUCUCCACUAGGCGUAGUGCCCAAAAAAGAGCAAGGUAAAUUCAGGAUGAUACAGCACCUUUCAUAUCCAGUAGGGGCAUCAGUGAAUGAUGCACUAGAUAAAGAACAGUGCAAGGUGCAGUACCAGUCUUUCGACGAAGCUUUAGAAAUAGUAAAGGGACAGGGGGACAGGGCAUUGUUAGCAAAGGUGGACAUAGAGUCUGCAUUUAGGCUUUUACCUUUACACCCAGAGAGUUUUAAGUUGACCGGGUGUUAUUUUCAGGGAGCAUUUUUUGUGGAUUUAUGCUUACCUAUGGGAUGUGCAAUUUCAUGUUCAUAUUUUGAGAUGUUUAGCACAUUUUUGCAUUGGCUUAUAUGCCAAAGGUCGGGGAAUGCGGCCAUAGCCCACUACCUAGAUGAUUUUUUAAUCAUAGGGCCUAAACAAACAGGGAAAUGCCAGGAAACCUUGUUAAGAUUUUUACAGAUGCUAAAAGAGUUAGGUGUCCCAGUAGCGGACGAAAAGACAGUGCAGCCAACUACAAAGUUGACAUUUUUGGGAAUUGAGAUAGAUACAAAAGCCAGGAGGUGCAGGUUGCCAAGGGAUAAAGUAGAAAAAAGCAAGCAGGCAAUACAUAAUUUAAUGGGGACUAAAAAAGUAACGUUGAGAGAAAUGCAACAGGCUUUGGGGCUUCUGAACUUUGCAUGUAGAGUAAUUCCAAUGGGUCGGAUAUUUAAGAGAAGGUUGGAAAAGGCUACGACAGGGGUUAAAAAACCAUUCCACAAAAUAAGGAUAACUAAGGAGUUAAGAGCAGAUUUGGGUGUUUGGGAUAGUUUUUUGACAGAAUUUAACGGAAUAAGGUUAUGGUUAUCUGAGACAAAGAAUAACAGAGAAUUGGAAUUGUUAACAGAUGCGUCAGGUAGCAUUGGUUAUGGAGCUUACUUUGCAGGAAAGUGGUGCGCUGGAAGGUGGCCGCAAGCAUGGCGUGAGUUGGGUUUAACUAAGAAUUUGACUUUGCUAGAGUUAUUCCCCAUAGUAGUAGCACUAGAGCUAUGGGCAGGAGAUUUUAGGGAUAAAGCAAUUCGGUUCAUAUCAGACAAUAUGGGGGUGGUGUGUGCAGUUAAUAACUUAUCAUCGGAUUCAGCCCCAGUAAUCAAUCUAUUGAGACAGUUAGUUUUAAUUUGCAUGAGGUUUAACAUCUCAUUCAGAGCGCAGCACAUCCCAGGUGUAGAAAACACAUUGGCUGACGCAUUGUCAAGGGAAAAAUGGGAUCUUUUCUUUAAAUUGGCACCCAACGCAGCAAAAACACCUCAUAAUUGCCCUGAUAAUUUAUGGCAGUUGGUGAACCUCUCUUAGAAGAGCUGUACGGGAAAUCUGUAUCCGAGAGAACUCUUGCCGCAUACAAAAAGGCAUGGAAAAGAUGGCAACUAUUCUGCGAAAGCGGUAAGAGGGAGGGCAGCACUAAGGAUUUGUUGUCAUUUUUGGCGUUAAUGUAUAGGGAGGGAAAAUCAAAAGCAGGCGCCAGCGCCACGCUAGCGGCGAUUUCCCAUUUUUCAGUAGCAGAAGGUAGACCUGAGAUAGUACGCAGCCCAGUAAUUAGGAAAGUUAUAAAAGGAUGGGCAAGAGCGGAGGGCCCUAGAGUAGAUGAGAGAGAACCAAUAGUGGAGAGCAGGCUGGCUUUGGUCAUAAGGGCAUUAAAAAAGGUCUGUUUUGAUCAAUUUGAAUAUAUGCUGUUCAGGGCAGCAUUCACAUUAGCAUUUGGGGGGGCAUUGCGGUUAAGUGAAUUGGUUCCCCCAUCAAAAAAGGCAGCAGGGAAAGGUUUAAUGGACAGGCACGUAGUUAUACAAGAAGGGAAAGCUUUGGUCUAUGUUAGUAGAUCUAAAACCGAUCAGGAAGGGAAAGGGAGGUGGAUAGGUAUAGAGGCCACAGGUAAAAUAACAUGUGCGGUCAAGGCACUGGCGAAUUAUAGGACAGUCCGGCCCGGGGGUGGGCAGCUGCUACUACUGCACAAAGAUUCAUCCCCCCUUUCUGCUUUCCAGUUUAGCCAGGUGCUGAAGAAGGCAGUAAUAGUCAAUGGUUGGGACCCAAAGAAAUUUAGUUCACAUUCUUUCAGAAUAGGUGCAGCAACGGAGGCAGCAAUGAGGGGGGAGUGUAUAGAGAAGAUAAAAAAGAUGGGGAGAUGGAAAUCAGAGGCAUAUAGGAAGUAUAUACGGCCCGUGGAAAGAAUGAAAAAUGGAAGCUAACCUUGCAUAUGUAUUUACUUCGCAGCAAGGUGUGGAUCUGCUGUCAACAUAUUGGUCAUAGGGCACUCAUUUAUUUUUUGGGCCGAAAAGCAUGCAGCAGGGCAACAGCUGGGGUUACCAAAGGAACACAUGAAGUUGGCAUGGCAGGGUUGGAGAGGUAUGAGAUGGGAGCAGCUAAAAGGUAGGUUCUAUAACGCGCUCCAUCGAGUUAAUUUCGUGCAUUUAGUUAUAAUUCAUACAGGGGGAAACGAUCUCACGUCAAAAAAGACUCCAGCACUCAUAGAGAACAUGAGGGCCGACUUGUCGGAGAUGCUGGAAAACAGGAAGGUCGGGGGGUUAGCUUGGUCAGACAUUAUACAGAGGAGCAAUUGGAGGGGGGCAAUUUCACCCAAAGGCGUGGAGAAAGCUAGAAAGAAAGUGAACCGGGCCAUGCAUAAAUUCAUGUGUUCCUUUGGAAAAGGUAUCAUAAGGCACGACAACAUAAGAAGUAAGCAACACCAGUUCUUUAGGGAAGAUGGAGUUCAUCUGUCAAGUGAAGGUUUGGAUCUGUUUUUAGGGAACAUCGGGUCAUUUAUUCAGGAGUGGUGGAAGUCACAGGAGGUAUAGGUGGGCCAUGGAAAAGGACAAGGUGGUACCCCUCCCCCCUUUUCCAUUGGGUGGCGGCAGUGCGGCUCCAGGAGAAAAGACGGUUACAGUGCAGGCCUACCCUUUGGAGAGUCACUAGUGUGGAGCAGACUUUGACUGCACGGUCUUGUCUGAGUCGUGCAAGGGGCUGGGGUUAGCGCCAGUUAUGCACACGGUUGGGAGCAGGAGGAUGGGCGACUGAUUGGUCACAGAGGGCGCUUGGCCCCAUGAUCCCUGCUCCCUAUGGUGGUCUAUUACGGUGUGGGCACAAUGCCCAGGUUGGUGAUAGGAGCCGCAGCUGGGGGUCAGGGGGUACCUAGUCCUUUUUAGCAAAAAGUAAUAAAUAAAGAAAGUGACUUCCACACAUAUUUUGCACAAAUUAAGUCUCUGUGUCAUUCUUGAGGGGGAUGUGAGAUGCCCCAGGGGAUAGGGGUAUCCUUGGCCUAGAGGGAACGAGACCUGUAUAGGGGAGAGUGGGACUUAGGCAAGGGACCCCUUCCCCAGGGCUUCAGGUAGGUGUCAUGCAGCUGGGGCUGUUUGCCACCCCAGCCCCCCUUUCCCUCCCCCUGGACACAGACAAAGGGAACAAAGGGAGAGAUACCUAGUGGCGGGAAAAAAGGGGGCGGGUUGGGGGAGGUAAAGGGGGCUGGUGCAGAGAAGGGACAGACGUUUAAGGACGAAACCAAGCCAGGAGCAGCAGACUAACUUUUGUUUUUUGUUUCCCACCCUCCCACCCUGUAGGUGGAUGGAGGCUAAGAAGGUGCUCCAGGGUCUUCGGACCGAUCGCCUAGACGGGGUCAGGAAGGAAUUUUCCCCUACGGUGCCAAUUGGAAACACACACCGAAGGGUUUUUUCGCCUUCCUCUGGAGCAUUAUUAUAUGUGAAGUCAAAGGUACUCCCUGAAAUCAGCUGCGGCUACAAAUGUGUGGGGGUCAGCGGCAGUGCGGCUCCAGGAGAAAAGACGGUUACAGUGCAGGCCUACCCUUUGGAGAGUCACUAGUGUGGAGCAGACUUUGACUGCACGGUCUUGUCUGAGUCAUGCAAGGGGCUGGGGUUAGCGCCAGUUAUGCACACGGUUGGGAGCAGGAGGAUGGGCGACUGAUUGGUCACAGAGGGCGCUUGGCCCCAUGAUCCCUGCUCCCUAUGGUGGUCUAUUACGGUGUGGGCACAAUGCCCAGGUUGGUGAUAGGAGCCGCAGCUGGGGGUCAGGGGGUACCUAGUCCUUUUUAGCAAAAAGUAAUAAAUAAAGAAAGUGACUUCCACACAUAUUUUGCAC